AAAAAAUCUCCAUAGCCAUAUUUGAUUGUAAAUUUUUUAAACUGGAUAAUUAGAAACAAAAGAAGAUCAUGGUUGCCAAAUGUUAUUGCUAAAAAAAAGAAGAAAAAGGAAGAAAAAUGGAGUCAUAACGCCAGCGUGACAAGAAGAAAAUUAUUGAUAACCUACCCACAUGUAUUGGCCAAGCUAACUGUUGGAUUGUCAAUUUGUCGUGUUUUCCCAUUUCAAGUCUUUAAAUGCUAGUCGUUGGGAAAUUUGCAGUUGCCCAAACAAAAAAAAAAAAAACUUCAUUCCCUCCCUCUCUAUAAAUCUACUACUACUAGCCUGCCCAAUUCGACAAACACGCACUCACACAGUGAUUCACGAAACCAACAAUUCUUUUUCCUACUUUUUUUCCCAACAGAGAAGAAUCAAAGUCAAUAAUGCAGAGCAGAGGAUUGAGGAGGAAACCAAAGUCAGCAAUGGAAUUUGGGUUGGAUGAAAAGGAGGUUAAGGAAAACAACAACUUUUACAGUCCCAUUGAUGAUGCUGAUGCUGAUGCUGAUGACAGCAAUAACUUGAGCAAUAACAACAUCGGCAAGAAGAAGAAGAAAAAGGGUAGCAGAAACAGGGGAGAAGGAAGAAGGAAACCUGCGCUUCUGUCGUUUCAUGAACUGCCUGAAUACAUGAAGGAUAAUGAGUUCAUACUCAAUUAUUACAGAGCUGAAUGGUCUCUCAAAGAUGCUUUCUUUAGCUUGUUCCGCUGGCAUAAUGAGACCCUUAAUGUUUGGACGCACUUAUUGGGAUUUGUCCUGUUUCUGGGAUUGACAAUUGCAAAUGUGAUGCAUGCUUCUCAAGUAGCUGAUUUCAUCACAAUCUUCACAAGGCAUUUUCCUUCCAGUGCAGAUACAAAUGUCUCCCACAACUCCAAAGAUUUCUCUAUGGGGCCAACCAAACUUAUAGACCUCAAGCAAGAGCCGCAGUUACAUAUGGACAUUACUUCCCCUGAGAUGGCUACAACAAGUUGGCCAUUCUUUAUAUUCUUAGCAGGUGCAAUGUUUUGCCUCCUCUGCAGUAGUGUUUGCCACCUCUUCUCCUGCCAUUCAAAGCGUGUAAACUUCCUAUUGCUGCAAAUGGACUAUGUGGGCAUAACAGUGAUGAUAAUCACGUCCUUUUUCCCUCCAAUUUACUACAUUUUCCAGUGUACUCCACAUUGGCAGCUUGUUUACCUCACUGGGAUCACACUAAUGGGCAUCUUUACAAUCAUAACACUGCUAACUCCAGCAUUUUCGACUGGGAAAUACCGGGCUUUUCGAGCUGCGCUCUUCAUGUCCAUGGGAUUCUUUGGCCUCAUUCCUGCAAUCCAUGGUGUGGUACUUAACUGGAAUGAUCCUCAGCGAAAUGUAAUACUUUGUUAUGAAUCAGUCAUGGCAUUAUCUUACAUAACAGGAACUGUGUUCUACAUUACCCGGAUUCCAGAGAGGUGGAAGCCUGGUUUCUUUGAUCUCACUGGUCACAGUCAUCAAAUAUUUCAUUGCUUUGUCAUCAUGGGUGCUGUUGCUCAUUAUGGUGCUGCAAAAGUCUUUCUGGAAUACCGUGGAAAAUUGGGCUGUGAAUGAUAACUGAUAAAAUGUAUACUGGUACUUAUGUAUAUGGUGUGUAUGUUAGGUCUCUAUGUUACUAGUAAGGGCAAAGUCCAAGCAGCCUUAGAGCAGAGAUUCAUUCUUCAUUCAUUUGUUCAUUAUUGCUUCAAGGACAUGAAGUUGUUAACUGUGAGGAAAAAAAAAAUUUGCAUUGGAAAUACUAUAUAGAUGAAGUAUAUGUGCAAAAGUGAUGAUAUUCUUUAAACUGAAUUCCACCACCAAGUUUGUUUGUUCUAAUUUUCCCCCCAGAACAAAUAACCUGUAUUAUGAUGGCUCUCUUAUCUUCUUCUUCUUUUUCCUUCCAAUCAGUCAGUGUGAAUCAAAAUGUCAUUAUAUAACAUAACAGCAAUAUGUGGUCACACAGGAAGUAGAAAAGGUAACAUCUGCCAGAUUUAACUGGAUUACCAUCCAAGAGUACUAUAAAGUCAAACUAUGAUUCGUACUGCAGGAACGAAAUAAAAAUCUUUAAUACUAUAUAUUUCACUCUCUCCUACUCCAAUCUCAAACUUCAACCUUAUUACAUAAGCUAAUGUUUCUUUUGCAAAUUAUAUACAUCAGUAGCAUUUUUAUAACAGGCAUCAAACACAAAAUUAGUCCAAAAGCAUAGCAAACUGCCAAUAUGGCACGCUAAUGUCAACCAAAUUUAUGAACAGAUGAUAGAGCCAAGAGGUAAGGGUUCUAACCACGCCAAACAAUUGGACCAAAGCCAAGCCAAACCUCUGCUCAAUUUCCGUUCUUCUUGGCUGCAGAUUUUGGCCAAUGAAGAAACUUAUAUCCUUGUAGAGAUGGCGGCAUGUAAGUCUGGGACAGCAAAUCCGGAUCAGACUCAUCACACCCGGGAGGAUAGACAUACCCUUUUCCAUAUCCAAUAUUCUUCAUCAGCUUAGUAGGUGCAUUUCUUAGGUGAAGGGGAACCCCUUCAUUCUGUCCAACAGAGUCUCUAACUAACUUCUGUGCAUCUUUGAUGGCUGUGUACACUGCUACCGAUUUUGGAGCCAGAGCCAAAUAGCAAACGCACUGAGCCAGGUUAACAUUGCACUCUGGCAUGCCGAUAAAGAGACAAGCUUGAUAACAAGCCACAGCUUGAGUAAGGGCAGAGGAAUCAGCCAAGCCAACAUCUUCACUAGCAAACCGAAUAAGUCUGCGUGCAAUGUAUAGCGGCUGUUCUCCUCCUUCCAACAUUCUAGCAAGCCAAUAUAUGGAAGCAUCUGGAUCACUUCCUCUCAUGGACUUGUGAAGAGCACUAAUGAGGUUGUAAUGCUCCUCGCCAUCUCUAUCAUAAGCAACAUGCUUACUACUCAAAGCUUCCUCAACAUGACUAGUCCGAACCAAAAGUACUGAAUCAUCAACAAUGUCUCGAUUGUCUGCCCGUUCAGGUAAAGCAGCAGCAGCAGCAGUGGUAACUGAAAUCUCCAAGGCAUUCAGCGCCACUCUGGCAUCACCAUCGCAAUGCUGUGAAAGAAACUCUAUGGCCGCAUCCUCCACUUGCACUUUCUUCCAUUUGAGCCCUAAUUGGAUUCCUCUGCUGAUAUCCGACACUGACCUAUUCAAAAGGGUAGAAAUGUGUUCAGGUUGGAGGGGAUUAAGGACAAGCAGGGUGCAACGGGACAGCAAUGGAGUGAUCAAGUGGAAGGACGGAUUCUCCGUGGUGGCCCCAACAAAAAUAACGCUACCAUCCUCAAUCACAGGCAAGAGGGAAUCUUGUUGAGCCUUAUUGAACCUGUGUACUUCAUCUAUGAAAAGAACUGUCCUGGUUAUGAUCCUGUGAGACCCACUACUCUUCCUCUUCUUCAUCAACCUGGUCCAGUUCUUAGCUUCAUCCACAGCAUCUCUAACAUCCUUAACACCAGCAUUCACAGCUGAAAUCUGAACAAAACGGUAUGGAGGAAUGGCGCCACCCAAAGGAUCAGGAGAAGAGUUACAGUUGGCAUUGGCAUCAGCCACGAUGGCUCUGGCGAUAGAGGUCUUGCCGGUUCCGGGAGGGCCCCAAAGGAUCAGAGAGGGGAGACGGCAAGACCGAAUUGCUGACCGGAGGGCAGAAGUUGGGCCUAAUAUGUGGUCUUGGCCGACUACCUGCUGAAGGGUUUGUGGACGCAUUCUCUCUGAUAAGGGCUUAGAUGGUGAUUCUUGUUGUAGGCUAGGUUCACCGGCGGGUAAUAGCUCAGCCGCAUCGCCGCCGCCGCCGCCGCCGCCACCACCAACACCGGCAUCACUAUUUACAACACUACAAAUGCCCUUACUAUUAAUACUACCAUUACUAUUAAAAUUAAAAAAGCAAUCGAUUUUCGGUUGAAAGUUACCAACUUUAGAGGUUGACGGCGGCGGCGGCGUAUUGUUAUGAAUACUGACAGCAGCAUCGUCAUUUUGAUGACUGCGAUUACAGUUGCCGCGGCUGAGAAGCCAAUCUGUAGCUUUGAUGAUAUCGCCGCCGGUGGUUUCGAGAGCUUCGGCGGCCAAAGCCUCGGAAAACCCCAUAUUCACAAGCUGCUCCUGCAUCAUCUCUCGGUCGGAGGAUUUCGAAUCCGAAGAAACCCCUAAUUCCGCCAUUAUUCUUCUCCCUUUCGUCCUUCCCGCCAAAAUUUUCCGCUCUAGUUCAACCCUUUGCUUAAUUAAUCCGUCAUGACCAUCAUUGAGGAUACUAAUUUAGUUGAGUAAUUGAAAAUUAGAAAAUACUCCAUAGUCCAUAAUGCCUCACAGACCUUAAAUCGAUUUUAGUUGUGCAUCCAUAGAUGGUGAUUUUGUAUGUGUUUAUUAGAAAUGGAGCACCUUUGUGUGUAAAAAAGAUGUAAAUUCUUAAUUCGAGAAGCAAUAUACAGUGCC